AUGCCCGACCGAGGCGCAUACGCAGACCGAGCCACAGAAGGCAACGGUAACACCAACACCAACAACUCCAAGUCACUUUUGGCCUCCAUAAUCCGCUGGCUACAGAUCAAGAAGUACCAAUAUGAAGUCACCUUCUCGUUGUACAUGUUGACGUCGACCGAGAAAAUUAUAUUCAACGUGAUCAUACUUGCAAUCCUCUCGCUCCUCAUCGCCGCAGCGAUCUUCUACCUGCCGAACCACAUUGUCAUCGUGUCGAACCGGCUGUGGUAUUAUGUGCAUGGAGAGUUCUUGUAUGCCAACAAUGGAGGAAACGCGUCUGCCGCAGCGGUGGCGGGAGAUGUGAAGGAGGAGAUACGGAGACUGGUUACGGACGCGGUCACGAGUGGGAAGGGAGCACAGUCUACGGCAGAGAGUGUCGCAAGGAGCAUAGGGGAGUUAUAA